AUUAAGCAGGCCUUACAAAAUAAGAUAUAUUUUAAUACAUAAAACGCAGUGAAUAAAACCACAAACUGCUGCACUAAAAGCAAGUAUCAAAUGUAAGUGGCAAAUAUCGCUGGAGUUAAAUUUGUUGCGUGACAUAACCUCAAAUGCACACGUGGAUUUUUUUGUAUAGGGCCGCAAUCUUGCGGGAUAAUCAUGUGCGAACACAGUGCCAUGUGCGUGGCCGGCAGUGGAGUGGUAAAAACGUCAGCCGGCGGUCCUGGUGGCUUUUGUGCCUGUGCCCUGCAGUGCUGCUGCUCGUUUGCGGUGAGGCUUCUGCCGCCGCGACGGGAUCAGCGCACGCGAGGUGCGAUGCAGAUCAAUUCCAGUGCAGAAACGGAGUCUGCAUCUUACAGGCGAAGAUGUGCGACGGACGAAGCGAUUGCACAGACAACACGGAUGAAUUGGAAUGCGACUACAAGAUGUGCCGGCAGCCGCAUUGGUUCCCGUGUGCCCAGCCACACGGUGCCUGCCUGGCAGCGGAACUAAUAUGCAACGGCGUCGACAACUGUCCAGGCGGCGAAGAUGAGCUUCAGUGUCCGCGUCGCCUGGUAUUCAACUUCGGCCGGCGCAAUUGCAGCCAAUAUGAGUACAUGUGCCAGGAUCACAGCUGCAUACCGCUUGACUUCAUGUGCGACGGCAAAUCGGACUGUGCCGAUAACUCCGAUGAGACAGCUGGCUGCAAACAGGCGGCCACCAGCUGCACCAGUGGUCAUCUCUGCAGCAACGGCCGUUGCCUGCACCGCAAGCAAUGGCUCUGCGAUGGCGUCGAUGACUGCGGAGAUGGCAGCGAUGAGAGUGACUGCGAGAAUCUUUGUCAGCCGUCUAUGGGAAAGUUCAUGUGCCGCAAUCAUGGCAGCUGCCUGCCGCUCAGCCAGGUGUGCGAUGGCCAGCCCAAUUGCUCGGAUGGCAGCGAUGAGAGCGAGAGCUGCCGUGCUAAGCCCGAUUGCAGCACAAAGCAAUGCCCGCCUAGUGCCAGUUGCCACAUGAUGCCCGCCAGCGGGGCUGAAUGCUUUUGCCCAGACGGCUUUCGGCUGUUAAAGUUUAAGGAUAAAUGCGAGGAUAUUAACGAGUGUCAGGAGCGGGAUGACUUGUGCAGUCAGCGCUGCGAGAAUACAUCCGGCGGAUAUCGUUGUGCCUGCGAUGCGGGCUACGAACUGGAUGCCAGCAACAAUCGUACCUGUCAUGCCCUGGAUAUUGGCUCAGGGAAACAGUCCGCGCUGCUGCUUUACACCACACAGGUGACUGUCAUGGGCAUGCAUCUGACACAGCAAACGCAUCAGCGCAAUCAUGUCUUCAGCGUGGCCACCAAUCUGAGCAAGGUGAUUGGAGUGGCCUUUGAUGGCGAUCACAUCUACUGGACCAACAUACAGAACGAGGCGGAGAGCAUUGUGCGUGCACGUGCCGAUGGCUCCAUGGCGGAAAUAUUGCUCACAUCUGGUCUGGAUGCGCCCGAGGAUUUGGCCGUCGAUUGGCUGACGCACAACAUUUACUUUUCGGACAACAUAAUGCGACACAUUGCGGUCUGCUCGAACGAUGGGCUCAACUGUGUGGUGCUGGUUACCCAAGAUGUGCAUCAGCCGCGCAGCCUGGCGCUAUGGCCACAGCGUGGCCAAAUGUUCUGGACCGACUGGGGCAAUAAGCCAAUGAUAGCGCGCGCUUCCAUGGAUGGCACUAGAUCCCAGCCGAUUGUUGCCGACAAUAUACACUGGCCAAAUGGCAUUGCAUUGGACAUGCAUCAGGAGCGCAUCUACUGGGUGGACGCCAAGCUGGGCAGUGUUCAGACUGUGCGUCCAGAUGGCAGUGCACGGCGCACCGUGCUCGACGGCAUGUUAAAGCAUCCGUACGGACUGGCCGUAUUCGAGGAUCAGCUGUACUGGUCAGAUUGGGGCACAAAAAGCAUCCAUGCCUGCGAUAAGUUCUCCGGGAAACAGCAUCGCAUCUUGGCACGCGAUCGCAUCAUUUAUGCUGUCCACGUUUAUCAUCCGGCCAAGCAACCGCAGGUGCCGCAUCCCUGUGAAACGGCGCGCUGUUCGCAUCUAUGUCUGCUCGCUGAACCGGAUGCUGGUGGCUAUUCAUGCGCCUGCCCGGAGGGAAUGACCCUGUCACCGGAUGGACAUCGCUGCAGCCAAACCGAGAAGAAGCAGCGUCUGUUUAUUGGACUGCGCCAGGUGCUGCUCGAGAUCGAGCACACUUCGUUCGGCCGUCACGUAGUCAGCGCGUCGCACACCCUGCCCUGCCGCAUCAGCGAACUGGCCUACAAUAGCAUCAAUAGCACCGUCCUCAUUGCGGACAAUAUGCAGCGGGCGAUCUUCGAGUACGCGCCCCAUCCGAGCGAGCAGCGCCUAACCAUGUUAGUCUCCCGCAAUUUGGGCAAUAUCAGCAGCCUGGCAUUUGAUCAUUUGGCUCACAAUCUCUACUGGGCAGACAUGGAGCGUCAUGUUAUUGAGCUGCUGUCGCUGCGCACCGGACAUCGUGCACUGGUGCGCUUUUUUGCCGGAGAUGAGCUGCCCAUCGGUCUAAGCGUGAUGCCAGCCGAGGGUUAUAUGUUUGUGGCGCUCAAGGCGCGCCGGCACACGCACAUCGAUCGCGUGGCAUUGAGCGGACGCGGCGCCCAGACCCAUGUCUUUGAGGAGGAUCUGGGCGAUGAUGAUAUCAAGUUCGCUGUCGAUUAUGAGACGCACACCAUGUACUGGUCGGACAGCGAUACGAGUCGCCUCAGCUUCAGCAACUAUCGCCAGACGCAUGCGCAAAUGUUUCGCGGCAAGUUCCGGCGACCAUACGCUCUGGCUUUGGUCAAUCAGGAUCUGUUCUGGAGCGAGCUCGGCACACCGGCCAUCUACUGGACGCACAAGAGCAAUAUGGGCCCCAACAAACGCAUCGAGAUCGAAACGAAUCCGCAUCUAGGUCUCGAUGGUGACGCUGCAGCCGCAGCCGCCUCCUAUAUGCGCCUCACGCUGCCCGUUCGCAUACCGCUGACGGCCAGCGGGCGAGUGGUUGCCAGUUUAACGCCGCAUCCCUGCCAGCAAGCCAACGGAGGCUGUUCGCAUGUGUGCGUCAGUGCAGGACAAUUUGACAGAGCGUGCCUCUGCCCCGCCGGCUUCGUGUAUCGCGAUGCCUUCAAUCGCAGCUGCACUGAGGCCCUGGACUGUGAGUUCCGUUGCCGUUCCUCCGGCGAGUGCCUGACCAUGGCACAUCGCUGUAAUGGUCAUCAGGAUUGCGCCGACAGCUCCGACGAGUCGGACUGCGACAACAUCAAGCGCGUCAAGGUCAAAUGCGGACUCACCCAAUUCACCUGCCAUGACGGCGAACGGUGCCUGGAUAAGAGCAAGCGAUGCGAUGAACACAAGGACUGCGAUGAUAACUCGGACGAGCUGCACUGCGCCCAAUUCGAUAAAACCAAGCUCUGCCACGCCCACCAGCUUGCUUGCGACAAUGGCAAGUGCGUGGAUUACAGCCUAGUGUGCGAUGGCAAAAACGAUUGUGGCGACAACACGGAUGAGCUGCGCUGCAAAGAGGCCGCCAGCUGUGAUCAUGGGAUGUUCCAGUGCAGCAGCGGCUCGUGCAUUGCCAGCAGCUGGGAGUGCGACGGACGCAUCGACUGCAGCGAUGCCUCCGAUGAGCACGACAAGUGCGGCCAGCGCCAGUGUCCGGCGCAGAUGCAUCGCUGUCUGUUGGGCCAGUGCCUCGAUGCGCAGCUCGUCUGUGAUGGCCACAACGAUUGCGGCGAUCUGUCCGAUGAGCUCAACUGUGAGCAGCGCAACGGCGCUGCUGCUGCUGGUGCUGCAGUCAACAUAAGCUGCGGCACCCUGACCACGCCCAUGUAUCAAUGCGCCAGCAAUAUGCAGCUCUGCCUGGACAUGGCAGUGCGCUGCAAUGGCAGCGCCGAGUGUCCGCGCGGCGAGGACGAGGCCGACUGCGGCGAGCUAUGCAGCAUCUACGAGUUCCAGUGCCGCGACAGCAAACAGUGCAUACGCCAGGAAUUCCGCUGCGACAAGGAACGCGACUGCGCCGACGGCAGCGACGAGGAGCACUGUGAACAGUACGCCAAUGGUAACGAGACUGGCACUCAUCUGGCUGGCGAAAGUGUGAGUGCAAGGCGCGCCUGUAAGUCCCAUCUGUUCGACUGUCACGAUGGCGAAUGCGUGGACAUGUCGCACGUGUGCAAUGGCUUUGACGAUUGCACCAAUGGUAACGAUGAGGGACCGCAGUGCGCCAGCGCCUGCAGCAAGUCUCUGUGCCAGCACAGGUGCCAGGCAACGCCGGCGGGCGCUGUCUGCACAUGCCUGGAGGGCUAUCGAUUGGCCAGCGAUCAGCGCAGCUGCGUGGACAUUGAUGAGUGCGCCGUCUCCGCCGAGCAGCAGCCGUGCGCCCAGCUCUGCGAGAAUACGCCGGGCAGCUAUCAGUGUCAGUGUCAUGCGGACUUUAUGCUGAGCCAAGAUAGAAGCAGCUGCAAGAGCAUACAGUCCGGUGCCCCGCUGCUCUUCACCAGCUACAACGAGGUGCGCAAUCUCAGCGCACAUCCGGUGACGCUCUCGGUGGCCUGGUCAGCGAAUGAUACGGCCAUCAGCGGCUUCGAUGUGGACAUGCGCCGUCAGCUGGGCUACUUUAGCAGCGAGGAGCAGAACAUCAUUUACCGAGUGAACUUGCGGGAUCGCAGCCAAAUGGCUGCACUCGCUCUGCGCUCGCCCAGCAAAAUGGCCGUGGAAUGGACGACGGGCAAUGUCUAUGUGAUCAGCGGCAGGACGCCGCAGCAGAUAAGCGUCUGCAAUUUUGAGGCCAAGAUGUGCGGCAGCAUACUGCAAAUGUUGUCAAGGUUCAGUCUGAAGGCGCUAGCCGUGGACGCGCACAAGGCGCGUCUCUUCUAUGUGGCAAUACGCAGCGAAAGCUUUGGCCAGCCGAUCACACAGCUUCAUAUGGCGCGACUCGAUGGCAGCCGACGGGAGCUGUUGUUGCGGAAGCAGCGCAGCUAUGUGACAGCAAUUGCAACCGAUCCCCAUCAGCAGCUGCUCUACUUUGUGGAUCUGCAUAGUCACACUUUGGAGAUGAUCAGCUACAAGGGACGCGGCAGUGGCAAACAGCGGGAGGCGCAUGUUUUGCUCCAGAAGAGCAAUGCGCUGCUCCAGCCGACUGGACUGAGCAUCUAUGAGAAUCAAGCGCACAUUGUCAAUAUGGGCGCCAAGGAGGCGGUGAGCUGUCAGCUGUAUGGCCAGCGCACUUGCAAGGCCAUCAAUCUGAAUGUGCUGAACGCCCAGGAUAUUAUUGUUGCCGGUUGGUCACGUCAGCCGGCGGCAACAAAGAAUCCCUGCAAGCAUGCCCACUGCUCCGGCAUGUGCGUGCUGGGCGACUAUGGCUAUGAGUGCAUGUGCGGCGAUGCCGUUGUGGCCGAGACGCAGCAGUGUCCACACGGCAGCACCAAUGAGCUCGACAUGAACUCGCUGCUGUCCAGCGAGCAGCGUUCGGAUAGCAGUGGCGAUGGCGACGGCAGCGGCAGCGGAGUCGUCUGGCUGCUGGCCAUACUGCUACUGAUAGGAGUUGUUGGCACCGGCAUUGGGUACAUGUUCUAUCAGUGGCGGCAGCGCGGUCAUCGCGAUCUCAAUAUUAACCUGCAUUUCCAGAAUCCUCUGGCAACGCUGGCCGGCAAAUCAAUCCAGGAGAUCGGCAACGAAGUGGACAUGGCAGGCGAAGGCGGCGGUGGCUGCAGUAGCACAAGCACAAGCACCAACAGCAGCACGGGAACCACAGCCGCCUCUUUUACGGCCGGACGCGAAACGCUUCAGUUUGGCGUACCCAAAAUCCUGCAGAGAUUACUACAACAAAGGCAAACAUCGAACAGCGAACUGGUUACAGAAGUUCCGCUCGAAAACACACGACAGUCAAGCGAAAUACAGUCGCUGGUCAAUGGACGGGGAGGUUGUGGAAUGCCGAACGUCCUGGUAUCAGGCCCUGGCGAUGAUGCCGCCUCAGCCGGACACUACGGGGGAGAUUACGCAAGCGAUGAUGUGCAUGCACGGCUUGUACCAUAGGUGAUCAGAAUUGAUCCAAUAAUAGCAAUGUUAACUAAUCAAUUUGUAAAUUUGUGAGCGUGUUAUGUAUUUCUAUUUGUAAUAUUUAUAUUUUUGCAUUGUGCAUUAGGGUGCAUUUUCAUGUUAUAGUUAAAUGUAUAGCAUACGUUUAGGGUGGCGCAAAAAAAAAACAUUU